AGAUGAAUGGAUACGAUAUUAUAAAAUGCGUCAAAGUAACAAACAACAACAAACUCGUUUUCGAGCAAAACUUUUGAAGAUUGAUUUGGAGAAGAAAGCUCUCUCUCAGGUUAUUGUUCUCAACCAGACAUUGAUUUCUUCAAUUUGCAUAUGUCCCUUCUUCGUCUUACGAAUUUCAUCAUAAGUUUCUUACGAAUUUUACUUCCUUAGCGAUGAAUUUAAUACUACGUUGACUUUUAUCUUCCUUUUGGAAAUGGCAUCGUCGUCGUCUUCUCUUCUUCUUCACUAUCCCACCUGCAAUUUCUACUUUGGCUCUUCCUCAUACCUUAAAAGACCGAGACUUUCGAGCUAUAGUUCGAUUAUCUCUCGUGGGUCUCCUUUGUUUGUCUCUGGCUUUGGAUCUAUGACCGUUAAAAGAUUCUCUAGCAGAGGCGGAGGUAGCAGCAAUGACGGUAACGAACAAUUUGGAGCUGCGGAGAAAGAAUCUUUCAUCAAUAAUUCGUCGGAAAUCCGGAAAGACUUGGUCGCCGGCGGUGGGAUUGAAGCUAUUGUUAAUCGUCUGAGCAAAUGGGUUGUGUCUGCUCUGUUUGGUUCAAUCAUUCUUCUAAGGCAUGAUGGUGCAGCCUUGUGGGCAGUCAUUGGAUCGAUUUCGAAUUCCGCUCUCUCUGUAGUUCUGAAACGUAUACUUAACCAAGAAAGGCCUGCUACAACAUUGCGCUCCGAUCCCGGGAUGCCAUCUUCUCACGCUCAAUCCAUUUCUUUCAUAUCUGUCUUUGCUGUUUUAUCCUUUAUGGAAUGGCUUGGAACCAACGGAGUGUCUUUGUUUCUUAGCGGCUUAAUCCUCGCAUUGGGUUCGUACUUUAUACGGUUAAGGGUUUCUCAGAAACUACACACAAGCAGUCAAGUGGUGGUGGGUGCCAUUGUUGGUUCUGUUUUCUGCAUCUUGUGGUACACAAUGUGGAACUCACUUCUUCGUGAAGCCUUUGAGUCAUCUCUACUAGUCCAAAUAUCUGUAUUUCUGUUUGCAGCUACAUUUGCACUAGCUUUCGCAGCGUACGUUGUACUUAACUGGUUCAAAGACGACAGAUAAGCAAAACAAAGCUUUACUUACCAAAGCUUAAAAUUGUAUCCCUCAAUUUCUUUUCAAAUUAUCAAUUCUGAGCCCGUUUGUGGAAA